GAGAAGAGGAUUUGGGAUCACUUGGCAAGACUGGAACUAGGGACUGUUGUUAAUGGCCUUUGUUUCUUUUUAAAAGGGCACUAUUGCUGAGUGAGGAUGAAGAAGAUACCAAGAGGGUUGUCCGAAGUGCUAAGGACAAGAGAUUUGAGGAGCUGACCAAUCUUAUCCGGACCAUCCGGAAUGCCAUGAAGAUUCGGGAUGUCACCAAGUGCUUGGAAGAAUUUGAGCUCCUGGGAAAAGCAUAUGGAAAGGCCAAGAGCAUUGUGGACAAAGAAGGGGUUCCCCGGUUCUAUAUUCGGAUCUUGGCUGACCUGGAGGACUACCUUAAUGAGCUCUGGGAGGAUAAGGAAGGGAAGAAGAAGAUGAACAAGAACAAUGCGAAGGCCUUGAGCACCCUGCGCCAGAAGAUCCGCAAAUACAACCGAGAUUUUGAAUCCCAUAUCACAAAUUACAAGCAGAACCCUGAGCAGUCUGCAGAUGAAGAUGCUGAGAAGAAUGAAGAUUCAGAAGGCUCUUCAGAUGACGAGGACGAGGAUGAGGAUGGGAUGAGUGCUGCUGCCUUCCUGAAGAAGAAGUCAGAAGCUCCUGCUGGCGACAGUCGCAAGUUCCUUAAAAAAAUGGAGGAUGAAGAGGAGGACUCAGAAGACUCCGAAGACGAUGAAGAUUGGGACACUGGCUCCACAUCGUCUGAUUCAGACUCGGAGGAGGAAGAAGGGAAGCAGACUGCACCGGCCUCAAGAUUCCUCAAAAAGGCCCCCACCACAGAGGAGGACAAGAAGGCGGCUGAGAAGAAGCGGGAGGACAAAGCCAAGAAGAAGCAUGAUAGGAAAUCGAAGCGCUUGGAUGAGGAGGAGGAGGACGACAAUGAAGGCGGGGAGUGGGAACGGGUCCGGGGAGGAGCGCCCCUGGUUAAGGAGAAGCCAAAAAUGUUUGCCAAGGGAACUGAGAUCACCCAUGCUGUUGUUAUCAAGAAACUGAAUGAGAUCCUGCAGGCACGAGGCAAGAAGGGAACUGAUCGCGCAGCACAGAUUGAGCUGCUGCAGCUGCUUGUUCAGAUUGCUUCAGAAAACAACCUGGGGGAGGGUGUCGCUGUGAAGAUCAAAUUCAAUAUCAUCGCUUCUCUCUAUGACUACAACCCCAACCUGGCCACCUACAUGAAGCCGGAAAUGUGGCAGAAGUGCCUGGACUGCAUUAAUGAGCUGAUGGACAUCCUGUUUGCAAACCCCAACAUCUUUGUUGGAGAGAACAUUCUGGAAGAGAGUGAGAACCUGAGCAAUGCUGACCAGCCAUUGCGAGUCCGUGGCUGUAUUCUGACUCUUGUGGAGCGAAUGGAUGAGGAAUUUACCAAGAUACUGCAAAAUACUGAUCCUCAUUCUCAAGAGUACGUGGAGCAUCUGAAGGAUGAGGCAAAGGUGUGUGCCAUCAUCGAGCGAGUGCAGUGCUACCUGGAGGAGAAGGGCACCACCGAGGAGAUCUGCCGUGUCUACCUGCGGCGCAUCCUCCACACCUACUACAAGUUUGAUUACAAGGCCCACCAGCGGCAGCUUACCCCCCCAGAGGGGUCCUCGAAGUCUGAGCAGGACCAGGCAGAAAACGAAGGGGAGGACUCAGCUGUGCUGAUGGAGAGACUGUGCAAAUACAUCUAUGCCAAAGACCGCACAGACCGGAUCCGCACCUGCGCCAUCCUCUGCCACAUCUACCACCACGCUCUGCACUCCCGCUGGUACCAGGCCCGUGACCUCAUGCUCAUGAGCCAUCUUCAGGACAACAUCCAGCAUGCGGACCCUCCGGUGCAGAUCCUGUACAACCGCACCAUGGUGCAGCUGGGCAUCUGUGCCUUCCGCCAAGGCCUGACCAAGGAUGCACACAAUGCCCUGUUGGACAUCCAGUCAAGUGGCCGUGCCAAGGAGCUUCUGGGCCAGGGUCUGCUGCUGCGCAGCCUGCAGGAGCGCAACCAGGAGCAGGAGAAGGUGGAGCGGCGCCGACAGGUGCCCUUCCACUUGCACAUCAACCUGGAACUGCUGGAAUGUGUCUACCUGGUGUCAGCCAUGCUCCUGGAGAUCCCCUACAUGGCUGCUCACGAGAGCGACGCCCGCCGACGCAUGAUCAGCAAGCAGUUCCACCACCAGCUGCGCGUGGGCGAGCGGCAGCCCCCGCUGGGCCCCCCCGAGUCCAUGAGGGAGCAUGUGGUUGCUGCUUCCAAAGCCAUGAAGAUGGGUGACUGGAAGACUUGCCACAGUUUUAUCAUCAACGAAAAGAUGAAUGGCAAAGUGUGGGACCUUUUCCCGGAGGCCGAGAAAGUCCGUACCAUGCUAGUUAGGAAAAUCCAGGAAGAGUCUCUUCGGACCUACCUCUUCACCUACAGCAGUGUCUAUGACUCCAUCAGCAUGGAGACUCUGUCUGACAUGUUUGAGCUGGACCUGCCCACUGUGCACUCCGUCAUCAGCAAGAUGAUCAUUAAUGAGGAGCUGAUGGCCUCCCUGGACCAGCCAACACAGACCGUGGUGAUGCACCGCACGGAGCCCACGGCCCAGCAGAACCUGGCAUUGCAGCUGGCUGAGAAACUGGGCAGCCUAGUAGAGAAUAAUGAGCGAGUGUUUGACCACAAGCAGGGUACCUAUGGCGGCUACUUCCGAGAUCAGAAGGAUGGUUACCGCAAAAAUGAGGGCUACAUGCGGCGUGGUGGCUACCGCCAGCAGCAGUCUCAGACAGCCUACUAAUCCCACCGUCGUGUCUGCGGCCCAGACCACUCGGCGUUCGAGUCCUAAACCAUACCCAGUCAUUAAAGUCCACUGAGCGGUG